CACGCACACACUGAAAGCUGGAGGGGUAUUUAAAACUUUUUGAGAUCUAUCACAGUGUCUGUCAUCCCGAAAAUUGGGCAUUUAUCGCUCGACCAUUUGCUACACUGAUAGACAAUUUUUGCGCUGGUCCUUUCUCAUAUCAGUCGAAGUACCGUGAACUCCCUAAGAAAGUUUUCUUGAGCAUUACCGGAGAUUCGCUGACUGUCUUUGGACAAUGCGAGCAGAUACCUCACUGCUUUUGUUUCUACCACGUCUUGCUUCAGGGAGGUGUUCUCUUCCAGCUAUGUGGCCAACGGCACACAUACACCCCUUCAGCAUCCUUAUUUUGACCCUCUGCAGCUUGGCCUCAGCAGGUCCAUUGUCUCGGAGCCCUUGUGAACUGCUGCCAGUUGGGGUGGGUCACCCAGUUCAGGCCAUGCUAAAGAGUUUCACCGCCCUGUCAGGCUGUGCUAGCCGAGGAACCACCAGCCUCCCUCAGGAAGUACACGUCAUCAACCUACGAAGGAGUCAUGCUCAAGGAGCUGGAGAGGAACCAGCAGAGGUGGCGUUACAUCUGCGGCCCAUUCAGUCCCUGCUUGUGCAUCAGAAACCACUGGUCUUUGUCCUGAACUCCCCUCAGCCCGUGCUCUGGAAGCUUCGGACGGAGAAACUGGUCCCAGGAGUCAAACGCAUUUUCCAUGUUGCAGGUGGUUCUGACGUGGAGUUUGAGGCAGGCAAUUUCUCCCAUUCUUGUGAAGUGAAGGUGGAAAAUCUUCCUUACGGCAAUGAUCACCUGCUCUCCUGGGCGCAUCAACGCUACCAUGCUGUUACCUCAUUCAGUGAACUCAAGAUGGCCCAUGAUGUCUUCAUCAAGGUUGGAGAGGAUCCCGUCUUCUCAGAGACCUGUAAGAUUGAUAACAAGUUCCUAUCUUUGAACUACCUGGGCAGCUACAUUCAACCUCAGCCAUCUACAGGGUGUGUUCUUUCAGGUCCUGAUCAUGACCAGGAGGUCCACAUCAUUGAGCUUCAUGCACCAAACUCCAGCAGUGCAUUCCAGGUGGAUGUUUUUGUGGAUUUAAGACCGUUGGAUGGUGGUGCUCCUCUCCAUCGUGAUGUUGUGCUGCUUCUGAAAUGUGAGAAGUCUGUGAAUUGGGUGAUCAAAGCCCACAGCGUCAUCGGCAAACUGGACAUUGUGACAUCAGACACUGUCAGUCUGACUGAAGCCACUGAAAGGCUAAUGCAGGUGUCAAAGACAGUGAAGCAGCAGCUGCCUGCAGGACCUCAGGCUCUGAUCCUGUGGGCAGAGGAGAACGGAUUCAAACCCGUGACUUCCUACACCAACACCCCCGUCGCCAACCACUUCAACAUGCGCCUCAGAGAACAAGAUCUAGGGAUUAUGGAUGAUGGCAUGUUUCCACCAGAACUGUCUAUUCUCCGCAAUGCCGACCCACUUCCUAAACCCAGCACCCGGGACUCCCCUGUGCGGACAGGGCUGCCCUUCCCCUUGCUGCCCUCCCUGGAGAAAGGCCUGCCAUUCCCACCUCUGUUCCCAUCUCUGGAGGAGCGAGUGUAUCCGGUUGGGGCUCCUGAGGAGCAGCAGGGUGCUCAGAGCGUAGGAUUCAAUGUGCAGUGUGAGAAGAAUAAGAUGGUGGUCAGCAUUGACAAGGAAACACUACAGGCAAAUGGGUUUUGUAAAGUCAACAUCACUCUUCAGGACUCCCAAUGUAAAGCAACUUCCAACAACACCCACUAUAUACUGGAGACUCCCCUGUCUGGCUGCCAAACCACAAAAUACCCCUCCCACCCCAGCCCGGUGGUCUUCUAUAUCAAUUCAAUUGUUAUUAGCCAAUCAGAACAAAGGGAUGGGAGUGGCUGGCCUGUUGAACAUGAAGAUCUGGAGUCAGGAGAUGUUGUAUUCCCUGGAGACCCGGAGGUGACAGAAAGAAUUUUACCAGAGAGUGGACAUCACACCACUAUCUUGUUCAACUGCACAUACCGUAAGAACCAGGAUACCCCAGCUGAUUUUGGACCUGAUGAUAUCGCUGUAGACUCUGUGGACAAUGUAACAUUUAAUUUGGAGCUGUAUAACAAUCCCUUCCGCUACCCCAGCAUGCAGUCAUUCCUCACAAUCACUGAGAACAGGCCCAUCUAUGUGGAGAUAUCAGCCACUAAAGCAGACCCCAACCUUGGAUUCAUGAUCCAGACAUGCUUCAUUUCUCCAGACUCCAAUCCUCUUGUGCCGUCAGACUAUGUCGUCAUCGAGAACAUCUGUCCCAAAGACGACUCUGUGUUGUAUUACCCUAACAGAGACUACUUCCCCAUCCCUCAUGCUCAGACGGAUCAAAAACGCUUCAGUUUCACCUACAGGUCAAAGUUCAAUGUGUCAUUGCUCUUCCUGCACUGUGAGAUGUCCCUCUGUUCCAGGAGAAAUGACAAGCAGAUAAACCUGCCAGAGUGUAUGUUACCGGAUGAUGCCUGCACUUCCCUUAGUUUAGAAAAUAUACUCCUCAUGAUGAUGAACACUAAGACCUUCACGAAACCAAUGGUGGUCAUCUCUGACAACACACCUGUGGAAGCCAAUCCAGAGCAUCAAGACAUCAUCUAUGUCUUGGACACUCCUACAGUAGUGGGCAUUGCUUUUGCUGCCUUUGUGAUCGGAGCCCUGCUGACUGGAGCUCUAUGGUUCAUCUAUUCACAUACAGGUGGCACAGCAGCAAGGCAGCAGGUACUAAAGUCCCAGCCGGUGUCCGAUAACAGCAGUGCGGCUCACAGCAUCGGCAGCACACAGAGCACACCAUGUUCAAGCAGCAGUAACGCAUAGAUUCCAGAGCCCAGCUAAGAGACAACUGCUGCUCCUGUUGCCAUUUCUCUUUGUACAUUUGUGGAAGAAUGUGUGAUUUAGUAACAUAAUGUGACAGAGAACACCUGGCCAUCAUUAGAUUCUUUAUUUGACAAUCAACAGAAUUAUUGCACAAUGCCGAAAAACACAACCUACUGAAAUAAGCAUCAUUUUGGGCUGAGGGAAGUUACAAAAUAGAAAUACCAGCCAGUUCUUAAAUGCUGCUUUUUUUUCUUAACCCUUACAAGAGUGUUGUUUUGACCUUAUAUGGUUGAGAUCAGAGUGAAAAUAACAAAGGCUGUUUACACCAGUCAUUAAGGCCUUGAGGCCGUCUAGAGGAACAACCAGUUCUGUAAUAAGUCUGGUGCUCAGUGUGAUCUCUGCACCUAAAUAAAGAUCAGUACCUUACUGACUCAAGCAUCCACAUAUCAGAGAUUUGAGAAGAGAUAUCAAUGAUAAAAUAGGCCUAUUACAUUUCUACACAGGUCAGUUUGUCAAUACCUGAGUUCCAAG